AUGUCACCUCUCAGUUUGAAUGCAACUGAUUUCCUGGAAAAGUUGCGAGGGCAAAGAUUGGUUUUCGUUGGGGAUUCACUGAACAGGAACAUGUGGGAGUCCAUGGUGUGUAUUCUACGUCAAAGUAUCAGUGACAAGAAACGUGUUCACGAAAUUUCAGGAAAAAGGAGAUUUAAGAAGAAAGGUGUCUACUCUUUUAGAUUUGAGGAUUAUAAUUGUUCAGUAGAUUUUGUGAGUUCAACAUUCAUUGUUCGAGAGUCGACUUUCCAAGGCGUAAAUGGGACUAUUGAGACAUUAAGAUUGGAUUUGAUGGACGAGAAAACUAUCAGGUAUCAUGAUGCUGAGAUCAUAGUUUUCAAUACAGGGCAUUGGUGGACACAUGAAAAGACGUCUAAGGGAGAAGACUAUUAUCAAGAAGGCAACCAUGUGUACCCGAGACUCAAAGUUCUGGAUGCAUAUAAAAGAGCAUUGACCACGUGGGCUAGAUGGAUUGACAACAAUGUUGAUCCAAAUCGAACACAUGUUUUCUUCAGAGGAUACUCAGUUACCCAUUUCAGACAUAUACGGGGAGCAUUUUAA